AGCCUGGACCUGAGGACACCAGAGACCAUGGUGGAGAGAGUUGUAUCAAGCCUGGACCUGAGAACACCAGAGACCAUGGUGGAGAGAGUUGGAUCAAGCCUGGACCUGAGGACACCAGAGACCAUGGUGGAGAGAGUUGGAUCAAGCCUGGACCUGAGAAAUGGAUUCCUCAGAGCUGUAAGACUUGUGACCAUGUUGAGGACUCCACACACUGGCUUCAGAUUGAACCCUUGACUUCCACUGUCCAGGGAGUGACAAUGUUCAGACACAGGACACCCAAAGGGAGUUAUGAGUGCACAGUGGCUGGGCUCCGCUGGCUGUGUGAGAGAGAUGUAAUUCUGAAGUAUCACUUCAGGAACUGGGAACCCUACAGUCAACUUCUGAAAGACAUGCAGUACACACAAGGUGGUCCAUUGCUGGACAUUACUAUGGAGUUAGGUGAACUGGAGGAAGUUCAUCUGCCACACUUUGUCUGUUUAGGGACCAACCCUUCCCUGAGGAAUGAGAUGAAGAUUCUUCAUGUAGAGGAACAUGGAGUGUCUUUAGAGGAAGUGCAUGAAGUCACCAGAUUCCAUGUUAAGAUUCUCCAUCCCAAGUUCUCAGCUAUCGCUGUUAUACUGAGCUAUAUCCUUUCUUGGAUCGUAGAUGUCCACUGUGAUGUGGUCCUCUACAUGGCAGUAAAAAAGUCAACAAUAAUUUCAAGGCUGUACCUGCUCCUCAGAAACUCCAGUCAGAAAGAGGCUGUUCGGGAACGGGAGAAAGAUCAGGUGUCCCAAGGAUAUUCUGAAUUUCUCCUGCCAAGUCCAAAUGGGCCCUUAAAGAUGAACAGUUGGUUUGCACUCAAGAAUCCCCUCUCCACUUCCAUCUAUCCAGAGAAGAUACAGCUGUUACCUGCAAACACCACACCCAGCUGUUGUAAGAUGAUAAUGGGAAACACAGGGGUGGACAUUGAGAUGGAGUUAAUCGGGGAUGAUGAGAGGACAGUAUGGAAAUCAGUGGUAUCAAAAGAUGAAUACAGCAAAGACUCUCAUCCAACACGUAAGUUUGUCUUUGUGGACAAGGUCACAGAGCUAACGUCCCUUCAAGUUGUGAUGAAGGACACUGUUGAAGACCUUUCAUUAACACUCCCUGGGAUUCCUGCUGAGGAGUUUCUGAAGAAACACAGGGCUGAACUCAUUCACGGAGUCAAAAACCCAAAGCCAAUAGCAGAUGUUCUGUCGUCAAAGAGCAUGAUUGGUGAUGAAGAGUACUCCAGAAUAACAGCUGAAACAACUGAACAGGAGCGAAUGAGAAAACUACUGAACGCAGUCCUCCCUAAAGGACCAGAAGUGAUGGGAGCUUGUCUCAAAGCUCUCAGUGAACAUGAACACCAUCUUGUUAAGUACUUGAGUGAAUCUAGCACCUAAUCUGAAGAUGCUGAGGCCUGUCUCCUAGUCUGUGGACAAAAGACACUUCACCUAAUCUGAAGAUGCUGAGGCCUGUCUCCUAGUCUGUGGACAAAGACACUU